CGCAAGCGUGCGGCCAUUUUGCUGAAAUCGGGAGGACUGCACACAAUGGCGGAACAGCAAGAUUACACAUACGAUCAACAGGCAAAUGGUGAAGGGGGAUUUGAACAGUUUGAGCAACAACAACAGAAUGCAGAACCCAUGGAAGGACAAGAAACAAAUUACAAUGCCGGAGGCGGCGGAGAAGGUGGUAAACUUGAGGACGACGAUGAACGAAAAAUAUUUGUUGGAAAUCUCAGUUGGGAAACCUCACAAAAAGACUUAAAAGACUACUUUAGCAAGUUUGGAGAAGUAGAAAAUUGUGUCUUGAAACAGGAUUUGGAAACUCGACGAUCAAGAGGAUUUGGAUUUGUUGUGUUCAAAGAAGUCGCCACAGUUGAUAAAGUUUUAGAAGAAAAAACACAUUCCCUAGGAGGUAGGAAUAUAGAUCCCAAACGAGCAAAUCCACGCAAGAAGGAGGAAGUAAUUAAAAAGAUCUUUGUUGGAAAGGUUGAUCCUAGCUUAACAGAAGCAGAAAUUAAGGAAUACUUCGAAACCUUUGGAGAGGUUAAGAAGAUUGAUUUGCCAUAUGACAAAGCAAAGGAGCAGAGGAGAGCUUUCUGCUUUGUUGAAUUUAAGGAGGAAGAUGCUGUUAAGAAAAUAACAGAGAAGAAUGAGCACAAAAUUAAAGACCAGGAGGUCGAUGUGAAAAAGGCUUUACCCAACUCACAAAACAAAAGAGGCCGAGGGGGCUGGGGAUAUGGUUAUGGAGGAGGACGAGGGGGAUGGCAGGGAUAUAAUCAGGGAUACGGUUAUGGAGGAUAUGGUGGCUAUGGAUAUGGCCAGGGAGGGUAUGGAUACGGAGGAUACGAUUAUUAUGGUGGCGGGCCCAACUACGGAAACUGGGGAGGCUACGAUCAGAGCUACUACAACUACGGAGGAUACGGGGGUGACGGUUAUGACUACUACGGAUACGAUCAAGGUCAACAGCAGAGUACUUAUGGUAAAUCUCAGAAGGGCGGCCGAGGUGGUGGUGGUGGAUACCAUCCAUACAACCGAUAAACAUCACAGAUCAAUCUCAUUAAAGAACAGACAUCUGUGUUGUUUUGUGCUCUUAAUGACAGGGAGUUCAGUUGGAGGGAGAAGGCAGUCCUUUCAUCACUCAUUCUAUUCUCAUCAUUUUCAUUUCCAUUUCACAUGUGAGGAACAUUGCUUAGUUGAAUUUUAUGUGCAGUCAUCAACUUGUAAUAAAACUGAUUUUUUACAAAUUUA